CCAACUCUCGGAUGGAAUGAUCUCGGUCGAUGAUGCGUGUGUGUAGUUGGAGAGCAAAAGCGAGGAGUCAGAGCAGGGGAAGAAGGGAGCGAGGAGGAGCACCAGUGUCACCUGCAAUACGGGCCGCUCCCCGGGUAGCAUCGCCCACCGAGAUAGGCGGCCCAUCUGACACACACGCCGCCCGUUUUCACCCCACCCCAUUCUGCUCGAGUGAUUCUGGGUGAUGUUGAUGUUGGUCGGAAAAUUGCCAACGAAAGUGCCCGUGUGUGUCUGUGUUUCUUGUGUGGCGCUGCAUGUGAUCGAUCGCGGAAGCAAGCUGCAAAGCCAAAAGAAAAGCGUAACAACACUUUCACCCUACCACGUGGCACGCCCGUGAAAAACAGAACCACCAGCGCACCCGGCUGCCACCACCACUGCACCCCGUUCGUCAGCCCUGAGCCCGACACAGACCCAUCAGCAGCAACAUGCAAGCGAUCAAAUGUGUCGUCGUCGGUGACGGUGCCGUCGGUAAGACGUGCCUGCUGAUCAGCUACACAACGAACGCAUUUCCGGGCGAGUACAUCCCGACCGUGUUCGACAACUACUCCGCGAACGUGAUGGUCGACGGCAAACCGAUCAACCUCGGGCUGUGGGAUACGGCCGGGCAGGAGGAUUACGAUCGGCUGCGGCCCCUGUCCUACCCGCAGACGGACGUGUUUCUCAUAUGCUUCUCGCUCGUCAAUCCGGCCUCGUUCGAGAACGUGCGGGCGAAAUGGUACCCGGAGGUGCGCCACCACUGUCCGAACAUACCGAUCAUACUGGUCGGGACGAAGCUCGAUCUGCGAGAUGACAAGAACACGGUGGACAAGUUGCGGGACAAGAAGCUGUCGCCGAUCACGUACCCGCAGGGGCUGGCCAUGGCCAAGGAGAUCGGUGCGGUCAAGUACCUCGAGUGUUCGGCGCUGACGCAGAAGGGCCUCAAGACGGUGUUCGACGAAGCGAUCCGGGCGGUGCUCUGUCCGAUGAUUCCGCCGAAGAAGAAACCCAAGUGUAACAUCCUCUAAAGAUUGUUCGCUUUAUUUUCUUUUUAAAAACACACCCAACACAUACACACAUAAAAACACAGAAACAAGAAACAAAACAACAAACACAAUACAAUCGCGCUUUUGCCUAGCUCUUCUUCUCGUUCCCCGUAAGCGCCCUCUGUAUGGACGGGGGUGCAUUGGAGGUUGUGUCAAUGCAAGGGGAUGCGGAUUGGUUUAUCCCCAAAAUGGCACCUUCAUCCUGGUUCCUGGUUCCCACCAACACUUCUUCAACCUACUUCUCCUGUUAGAAAAAUGACCCAAAAAAAACCCGAAUUAGGCCGAUUAUAUUAAAAAAAAAGAGUAAAUCAAAACAAACGACACGCACGCGUGAUGAAAGAGCGCAGAAACGCAACAACAGCAAAUCAAUCUAUUAGCAAGCAAAUUCCUCCGAGGCGCAACACUAAAAUCGAGUACAAAAAUUGAAAAGCUCUCCCGAUCGCGUUUUGAUGUGAUUAGAAGAGCAUCAACACCGAUUGGUUGAUUGGAACAAAAGUGAGAAAAAAAAAUCAAUUGGAACACAUUGUACGACAGACGGUAGAAUGCAUUCAUAAACCGCCCUACUUCCAUCUCAGCCAUCGUUCACUCAUCAAUUCCCCACGGUCAUGUUCAUAUUAACGUUCAUUCACCAUGGCUUAGCGCCACCGGUUCCUCGGCGGUGUUUGUGUGUGCGUGCGGCCUUCGGCGCUUCCUUUUCAGUUUGUGUGCUUUAUUGCGUUUUCCCCCAUCUAUUGUCGUAAAUGCCAGUUUUAGAAGAAGGAAGAGUAGGAAUUACGUAGAUCUGUAGCAAGGACAGCAGAAGAAGCGUGAAACUAAGCAUGGAAUCCCAAUCUGCCUUAUGGAAGGUGGUUUUGCAUAUUUGUUUUGCGAAGAAAUGUGACCGAGAAUGGAACGGUAUUUACGCAACAAAGCGUGAGCAAGUGAAGCUGAAGUCGAAAACAAUGCACCAUUCGCGUGUGUAUCCUGUGCCGAAUGCAACGGCUGGUCAGUGGACAGGACAAGCAGAACAGGGGAGGUGUUCCAGCAAAUAUCAUCCUCAAACUAUCGGCAAAACACUUCACUCGGGCGGACGGAGAAGGCACACCGCCUGGUUGGUUUAGCGUAAAAGAACCAAAAACUCACCAAAUCAAUCUAAAACAGAAACAGUUCAAUGGUGGAACAAACACACACAAACUCAAUAAGAUCGGAGCCAAAAAAGCCAAAACGUGGAGCGGAUGUUAAAGUUUGGCAAAAGGCUAAAUUGGAAGACGAUAGUGAACGAUGGAAGUUUGCUUUCAAUAUUUUAUUUUGUUCGUUUGCUUUAAGUUUCGUAAGUAUGAGAUACAACAGCAGUAGGACGAUGUGGUAGGCUUCUUUUGCGGCUAUUCACUUCUUGUUUUAUACGCAAGGCUUGGCUUGCGCAAGUGUGUGUUGAAUAUUAUUACGAUUAUUUUUGGUAUUACUUCACUUUGAUAUUCUAAACAUUAGGAUGCAUAAUGAGGUUUAAUAUACAGAAGCUUUUAGAACUGAUUUUAAUUUGUAAUUGAAGCAUGUUCCUUGCAUGCUGUUCAUUAUGAUUUAAUGCCUAUCGAGCUCUAAUGGAAGUACAUUAUGUUUUUGAUAUAUUUUUUUAUGUUAUUUCUAUAAACAUUAAUGAAAGGAGAAUGCAUUUCUACCAUACCUGUCGGUUGUUUGAUGAUUUUCGUGAUCUUCAAAAAAAAUACCCCUCAUAUUGAUAACAUGCAGAAAAACAAUUGCUAAUGGGAGAACUUUUUCGUCGCCGCAAAUGCUGGGAGAAGAAAGGUUGUUAAGCUGUGGUGUGGAGCAUAGGAACAGUGGAAGAAGUAGAAGAAGACUAGGAAUAUCGGGGAGAGAAGGCUGCUGUAGUAGCAAAAUAGGUGGGACCGUUUGACGUCGUGUGGUUGAGCCGAUGUUAGAUUUUAGUUGCAAUAGGAGCAUCCCGUGCGCAGUCCUCCCCCAACACAUCCAUGCCCGUUACAAUUACGAUUAAAGAACGGAAAGUAAAACCAACAAAGCAAAGCAAAGCAAA